AUGGAAAAGAGGUUUAUUGGAGCGCUAGCACGAUGGAUGAGCUCAAUUCCAGUGGACCGACCUCAAGAUCUCACCAAACUUGGUAGUGGUUUUAUAUACGUGGAUUCGCCAACAUCAACCACCGUCAAAGGAAUCAGUACUAAAUUCACAACACAGACAUCUGUAAGAUCUACCAUAACCGUCACAGGUGGAUCAGCCGAAGUCGUCGAAAUCCUAUCAGAUACCGAACUAGUCAUAAAGAAGCCAUUCGAAGGCAAAGACCCAGCCGCUUUAGCUAGUCUGUUGAAACUAAGGCAGAAUUCAGAGGGUAAAACGGUUGGGUCAACGUACAAAGUAACGCCAUUUGUUGAUCAGACUAAUAUGUUUAAAUCUGUCAUUGAACGAUUGGCAAACGGAGAAGUAGUCGGUAUCUUUCCAGAAGGUGGUAGUCAUGACAGAACAGAUUUCUUGCCUUUGAAGGCUGGUGUUACUAUUAUGGCACUCUCUGCUAUGGCUGCCCAUGAUGGGCUGGAUGUGAAGAUUAUACCUGUUGGUUUGAAUUAUUUCAAUCCCGAUCGUUUCAGGUCUAGAGCUGUUGUUGAAUAUGGAGAGCCGAUAUCAAUAACGCCCGAGCAGGUCGAACAGUUCAAACGAGGUGGAACAGAUAAACGUGCUGUUUGUGGGAAUUUGUUGGAUACAAUUUUAUAUGCUUUGAAGCAGAUUACUGUGACGGCCCCAGAUUAUGAUACCCUUAUGUUGAUUCAAGCGAGUCGUCGAUUAUAUGCACCUGAUACCCACAAACUCAGUCUCGCUCAAAACCUCGAGCUAACGAGGCGAUUAAUGGCGGGCUACCUGAAAUUUAAGGACGACCCUCGCCAGAGAGACUUGUUGGAACGAGUUUCUGAUUAUAAUCAGAUACUUAAGUCUUACGGUAUUCGAGACAGUGAAGUCAAGUACACGACUCAAGUAAAUCGGGCUAGGUCUAUGUAUCUGUUUAUAGCGCGAUUAUUGGAGUUGCUGGUUCUGAUGGUGUUGGCUACUCCAGGAAUGCUGUUAUUCGGACCAACGGCUCUAGUCGCAAGGUAUUAUUCACACAGAAUGGCUAAAGCUGCCCUUAAAGGAUCGUCAGUCAAGAUUAGUGGACGAGAUGUUAUAUCGACCUGGAAGGUUUUGGUGACGCUCGUCCUCUCUCCGCUUUUGUAUACCAUUUAUUCCACCAUCGUAUUGAGCCUGGUCAGUUCAAGAAGGGCUGAAUUACGAAGACGAUACAAGAUUCUGGUAUUUUGCUUAUCGUGGAUCACAUGGCCAUUCCUCGGCUAUGCCACUAUAAGAAUCUCGGAGGAGGGAUUGGCUCUAGCUCGCUCCCUACGACCAUUGUGGCUUGGCAUCACUGAUACUUCUGCAGCAAAUGCUUUACAAAAGUCUAGGACUGAUCUCCGCCGGAUGAUCCACCUCUACAUCGAUGCAUUAGGGCCAACCGCCGUUUCAGACUUUGUUUCAGACAGAAUUGUGCCUCCUCUCGUGACACAGGCGCAAUUGAACUAUGCUGACGUCGCUUCUGAUAACCUUAUACGUGGAGAGUCUGUCGAGGCUGGAUUUGGCUGGGACAGACUAGACGACGAUGACGACGAUGGAGUGUUUUUUGGUGACGCAUUGAGCUCACCAAAUGUAUCUCCUGAGCAACCUGUUGCCCCAGGAUGGCCAACGCUAGAAGAAGGAUUGCGAAAGAGACGCGCUGAAGAAGGGCACGAGCUCAAACGUGUACGCUCCUAUGGAGGCGGUCCUAGUUUUGGGCUGAACAAACUCUCAACAUCAUCUAGUAAACCGUAA